AUGCUGCGGCAGCGUUGCGGGCGGCUCCUGGCCCGGCUGGAGCAGGGGCUGCAGCUCCUGGAGCUCGGCGGCAGCGUGGAGGAAGACUGCAUCCGGAUCGCUCGGUGCUUUGAGGCGACGCGCCAGAGAUGCUGCCGGCUGGAGCAGGAUGGGCGUCGUGCCCGCGAGCAGCUGGCCCGUGUGGAGGCCGAGCGGGCAGCACUGGAGGUGAAGCUCAAGCACGCCCGAAACCAAGUGGAGGUGGAGAUGAAGAAGCGGCACCGGGCAGAGGCUGAGCUGGAGAAGCAGGAGCGAAAACUUCAGCUAGUCCUCGAGUUGCUGAUGCGGGAACCAUGGGGCAGCGAGGUUCUGAGCAGAGAGCAGUGCUCUGUUCUCAGUGCCCUGGCUGGCCGGGGCCUUGGGGCAGCCUUGGCACCCGUCAGGAGGUCAUCUGCAGUGGACGAGUCGUGCCAGUCCCUCCUGUCCCACUCGGAUAUCAGCUAUGACCGCACUGAGGAUGAUGUGGAUGUUGAUAUGACGGCGGUGCGGACCCUGAAGCGCAAAGCCCCGGACAGGCAGCGUGUGUCCCUGGCCCCUCAGGUUGGCCCUGUGGUGAUGGCAAAGCGGCACCGUUCUUCUGUGGUACCCCAUAAUGCCAUGAGUGUCCCCUCUAUGCCCCCUCCUGCUGAGGUCCCAGGCCCUGCUGACAACCUCCUGCCUGCUGUUCUGGUGCCUCAACGCCGCUCUCGCCAGGGACAUCGUGUCUCCACACAUGCAGGUCUCCCUCCACGGCCUCCUCCCUCUGCAGAGCUGACCACUGUUUGGGGCACCAAUGAAGGUCUGGGCUGCCGUGCUGCGGGGCAGGAGAGCCACACUGAGGGCAGUUCAGUGGGACAGCCAGCACCAGCUCCCUUCCCCUCACCCCCCCGGAGUCUCCCACCAGUCCAGCACAAGUUCACCUCCAAAACAGUGAUCCGCCCUGAGCCAUGUGGUGUCUGUGGCUCCCGCAUCCGCUUUGGGAAGACUGCCAUUAAGUGCUGCCAGUGCCAGCUGCUGCUACACACCAAGUGUCAGGAGCAGUGCCCCAGCCUCUGCACACCCAGGCCUCACCACCACGCCUGGCCCCAGGAGGGUGUGCUGGCUGACUUCGCGCCCUCCACGCCACCCCUGGUGCCCACGCUGGUGGUGCAGUGUGUGACUGAGGUGGAGAAACGAGGCUUGACAGAGACAGGGCUGUACCGGGUGCCAGGCGCGGAGCAGCUGGUGCGGGAGUGGAAGCGGAAACUGCUGCGGGCUGGGAGAGUGCUGCCUGCCCUCAGCAGUGUGACUGACAUCCAUGUGGUGUGUGGGGUGCUCAAGGAUUUUCUGCGGGGACUCAAGGAACCACUGGUCACCUUCAGCCUCCACCCUGCCUUCCUGAGGGCUGCUGACAUCCCUGAUGAUGCUGCCAGUGACACAGCCCUGUGCCAUGUGGUGAGCAAGCUGCCCCCAGCCAACAGGGAUACCCUGGCCUUCCUCAUGCUGCACCUGCUCAGGGUGUCACACAGCCCUGACUGCAAGAUGGAUGUGUUCAACCUGUCCCGUGUGUUUGGCCCUACGCUGGUGGGACACAGCUCAGCCAACCCCACACCGCUCGCCAUCAUGGAGGACACGCCUCGGCAGUGCAAGGUGGUGGCUCGUCUCCUUUCACUGCCACCCAGCUUCUGGAGAGGCUUUGUGGAGACAGAGCAGGAGAACCUGGUGCCAAUGCCAGCCCUGGGAGGUGAACGUGAAUGCUUCUUCCAGCCCAUUGCCUCUCUGGAGCCCAAGUCAGGCCAGCUGAGCCCAGCUGGUACCUGCUGCCUCCCCAGUACCCUAAGGAGCUGCGUGGGCAAGGCCAGCCGGCCCCCGUGA